GGGGCAGCCAUCGCUGGGGCGCCCGGGGCCGGGGCGCACCCUGCCCGCACCCCUGCCCGCACCUUGCCCGCACCCCUGCCCGGGCCAUGGGGAGGGGGCAGCUGUCGGGGGGCGCCUGGGGGGCCCUGGUGCUGCUGGGGCUGAUCCUGCCGGCCGCCCCGGCGGGCGCCUGGUACAAGCACGUCGCCAGCCCCCGGUACCACACGGUGGGUCGCGCCUCGGGGCUGCUGAUGGGGGUCCGCCGCUCCCCCUACCUCUGGCGGCGGGAGCUGCCGGCCGAGCCCCCCCGGCACCCCGGGCCGCCCCCCGGGGACAGCCCCCCGCGCCCGGGCCGCCCCGCCGGGCUCAGCCCCCCGCCCGCCGCCCCGGCCCCGCCGCCGCCCGGCCCCGGCCGCCUCCUGCAGCUCCUGCUCCGGCGGGGCUGGGGCGGCCCCCGCCCGGCCCCCGCCCGACCCCCGCCCGGCCCCCGCCAGCCUCAGCUCUUCCCGCUCGAAGACCUGGCUCUGACCCGCUGACAGACCUGUGGAGAUGCUUCACGUGCUGGAGGAGCAAGGACUGACUGCCCGAGGUGGGAGCUGCUCACCUGGCUGGCGAGGAAGGGUCUCCUCAUGGCAUCUCCGGGUACUCUGACCUCUCUGAAACCACACAGACAGUUACAUCCCAAAAAAUCUGAGUUUUCAUGGCCCUGCCCAGACACAGGGUAAAUUCAUCUUGUUUUUCAGGUCAACCUAGUGCUACAAACUCGGGGAGAAAUAAACAGGGGAGAUAUUUAUUUUUGUUUAUUUUUUUUACAUUUCUGUACUAGCUUGUUUGCAAUAUGAUACAAACAUGUACUGUUCGCUUCCUCGGGACCUGCCCUCAUUAAAAUGAGAUGUGAUCAAAGGAAA